AUGUGGCCUAUGAUCUGUCUUCUCGUGGGCGGCGCGGCGUUCGCGGCGCGCCGCGGGCUGCGCGAGGCUGCGGUGUGGCAGGCCGCGCGGAAAGCUGCGGCGGAGAAGGCUGGGGAGAAGGGCGGCGAAGCUGCGAAGGGGAUGCCUGGCGACUUCAGCGAGACGCUGAGGCAGUGGACUGAGAAGGCUGGCAACCUAGGCAGCUACUGGAAGGCCUUCUCGCGCGACUUGCGCGGAUUCGAGAACCCGAUGACCCAAGCUGAAGCGUACCAGAUCUUGCGACUAAAUGCGGCGGCGUCGAGGGAGAAGAUCUUGCAAACUCACAAGCAGCUCAUGCUCAAGAAUCACCCCGACAACGGAGGCUCUACCUACAUGGCGACGAAGGUGAACGAGGCGAAAGAAAAGUUGCUGAAGGGCGGCCGCUAA